CGGAAGCGGAGCCAGAACAAGCCGAGUGAGGCUGGGAGCGAGGUUCCUUUCUCCUCGUGUCCGACCCGCGCGAUCCAGGGGCCAGCUCCGCACGUGCCGCCCGCGGGACGCUGCGCUUUCAGAUGCGUUGGAGAGUCCGGAGCAGGGAGGGGGGCCAGGACCCCCGGCCCGGCUCGGCUUCGCUGCUGCUGCUGAGUCGGACCCAGUCAGACCGAGAGGAGCCGACCCCAGCCCAGCGCCUGCGGCAGCGUCUGUAGCCUGAGUGUCCCUGAGAGAGACAAUGGGCCCAGAAGCUGGGGAAGCUGACAGCCAAACGCCGCUGAAUCCCCGUGUUAAUGGCGAUGGACACCCGGAGACUGGAUGGUGGCCAGAACCUCGUUGUAACUGCAAGAGACGCACAGUUGCCCUCACAAUCGUGUUCUUAGUUCUCAUCAUCGCUGUUAUUGUCCUGGCAGUGUUGUUAUAUCAACGUUCUUCAGCUGCCCUGGGCCCCUGGUGCCCAGACGGCUGGGUCGGGUACCGAGGGAAAUGUUACUAUUUCUCCGAGGCCGAAGAGAACUGGAACAACAGCCAGAGCAACUGCUCCUCCCUCGGUGCCUCCCUGGCUGUGAUUGACACCCUGCAGGACCUGGCUUUCAUGCAGCGCUAUAAAGGCAAACAUCAGCAUUGGAUCGGCCUCCGGAGGGACCCAGGGCAGCCCUGGAAAUGGGCCAAUGGCACCGAAUUCAACAACCUGUUUCCAAUAACAGGAGAUGGUGACUGCGCGUAUCUGGCUGAUGAGAAUAUGGUCAGCAGCUUGCGAUGCACCAGUGAGAGAUACUGGAUCUGCAGCAAACCCGAUGCAUUUACAAAGCAAAGGAGGCUGCAGUGCAAGGAGACUGAUAAAAGUAUUAUUAGCCCUGGAAAAGCCUGACUGUGAUCUCUUGUGACCAUCACAUCUGACCAAUUCUGGAACAUCAGGGAAAGCAUCACUGGGCAGAACACUGUUGAUUUUGGUGAAACCCAGAAAUGCCAUUUGCACAUCUUGUGCCCCCCAGCCCUGCCACCUAUUUUGUCUGCCAGGGAAACUGCUCAAAUCCCAUGCAUCCGACGAAGUGGAUAUUCACCCACGAAAGCUCAUGCUCCCAAACGUCUGUUAGCCUAUAAGGUGCCACAAGACUCUAUGCUGCUUUUACAGAUCCAGACUAACACGGCUACCUCUCUGAUACUGCUCAAAUCCAGCCUUGGGACUCUGCCUAAGGGCAUGUCUACACUACAAAAUUAGGUUGAUUUUAUAGAAGUUGAUCUUUAGUAACCGAUUUUAUACAGUCGAUCGUGUGUGUCCCCACUAAGCACAUUAGGUUGGUGGAGUGUGUCCUCAAUACCGUGACUAGCAUUGACUCAUGGAGCGGUGCACUGUGGGUAGGUAUCCCACAGUCCCUGCUGCCCAUUGCAAUUCUGGGUUAAGUUCCCAAUGCCUGAUGGGGCAAAAACAUUGUCGCGGGUGAUUUUGGGUA